UCGCUGGCAGUCACCUGCAGGACGGCCUUUGAUUGGUUGUGGGAAGGCUGGGGUUCCAUGCGCUGAGUAGCAGCUGGCUUAUUGCGCGCGGCACGGCUCCAGCAUGGCUGUGAUGGGAGUGCAGCUGGUGGUGAGCCUGCUUACGGCCAGCAUCAUGCAGAAGAUGUCCCCGCACUGCUCCUUCGCUCGCUGGCUGCUCUGCAACGGCAGCCUGUAUCGCUACAAGCACCCUUCGGAGGAGGAGUUGUGCGCCCUGGCUGGGAAGCAGAAGCCCAAGGCCAAGCGAGACCGGAGGCCGAAUGGGGUCGCAGAGGAUAAGCCCCUGUCAGUGCCCAAGGACAUCAACCUGCACUUGGAGACCACCCCAGUAACCACAGUGGAUGCUCUUGUGCUGCGCUAUUUCCUGGAGUACCAGUGGUUCGUGGAUUUUGCCGUCUACUCUACCCUCAUCUACCUUUUCACUGAAGGCUACUACUGUCUGGUGGACCCUCAGAAGGAGAUGAAUGUUGGCAUCCUGUGGUGCCUGCUUACGGUCGUCUUCUCCUUCAAGAUCUUCUUCAUGGUGAUGCACCAUUACUUCCGCUCAGAGGAGGGGGGCGAGCGCUCCGUCUGCCUCACCUUUGCCUUCUUCUUCCUCCUCAUCGCCAUGGUGGUGCUCGUCGUGCGGGAGGACUACUUGGAGUUCGGCCUCGACUCGGGGCUUGCCAAUGUCAGUGAUAACCUGGAGAUUUUCUUAAAGCAGCAAGGAUGGGAAUGGACAGUUCCCAUCACCAAACUGACCUUCAAGCUGGGGCUGGUGGCCCUUUGUUCGUUCAUUGGCGCAUGUCUGACAUUCCCGGGGUUGCGACUGGCGCAGACUCACCUGGACGCUCUGAAGAUGGCUGCGGACAGGCCAAUGACCCAGAUCCUGCUCCAUGCGAGUUUCUUGGCACCCCUGGUCGUGGUGCUCAUGUGGGUCAAGCCCAUUUCCAGAGACUUGCUGCUUCACGCACCCAUGGGGAAGCAAACGGUCCAGAUCAUGUCGGACUCUGCCUACAACUCCACGCGCCUCUGGACCAUUGUCGCCCUCUGCCUGCUGCGCCUGGCCAUGACGCGCCACCACCUGCAGGCCUACCUCCAGCUGGCGGAGCGCUGGGUGGAGCAGAUGAAGAGGGAAGCUGGGCGCAUCACUGCCCUGGAGAUCCAGCGCAAGGUCGCGAGGAUUUACUGCUACAUCACCGUGGUCAGCCUGCAGUACCUGGGCCCCAUCAUCCUCACGCUGCACUGCACACUGCUUCUCAAAUCUCUGGGUGACUAUUCGUGGGGCCUGUUCCCCGAGCCCACACCUGUCUCCCCGGGGGUGGGCGCUGCACCAGCCCGGCCCGCUGUUCCCUCAGCUGAGGAGGAGGGAGGAGAGGACAUGCAGGCCACGGUGGCGCAGAUCACGGGCGCGCUGGGCGCCAUCCUUACCCCGCUUUUCUACCGCGGACUCUUUGCCUUCCUGACCUGGUGGGUGGCCGUUUGCCAAGUGAUCACCAGCCUCUUUGGCCUCUACUUCCACCAGUACCUGGCAGCCUCCUAAUCACAGCUGCAGCAGGGCCUAGGCGUCCCAUGACCUGCAGGGCUCCCAUGUGGAAAGGACCCUGUGGGCUACCUGCCACGGGCUGGGGCUGUGACUCGUUCCCACCCAAUGGCUCUCUGCCCUGCGUCCAGCCCAUCUCCUCUCCUGCCUGGGCAUACCAGCUGCCCCCGCUUUGUGUAGAGACAACCAGCCUCCCUGCUGGGACACACCUGUCAGGCCGAGGCCACUGGCUGGUUGUCUGUGCCUGCCAAGGGAGCAGGAGUAAUGUGGCCGGGGUGUUGGCGUAUCAACGUCUCCCCAGCCUACAUUGGAGCCAGUUGGGAGAUGUGAGGGAGGGGCCCCAAGCUCAGCCAGAAUGGGGACAGCAUCUUCUAGGCUAUUUCUCCCCAACUUGCUUCGGCCAAGCAGCUCCCUCUCCCCUGCAUGGCUUCUGGUGCAUGGGCCAUGUUUUACUGCCAGUGACUGCUCAGGUACCCUCGCAGCCAGCGAUUCUAAAUCCAGCCUCAGCCUCCUCCCCCACCUCCCACCCAGGAAGGAGCCUGCUGGUGGGUAACAUGAGAUGGUUCAGCUAGGAGCCAGAGACCUAAAGGGCUGGGGGGGGUCUCUGGGGUCAUGCGCAGGCGUUAGGGGCUGGGACCCUGCACAGGUGUUGGAGGGGUGUCUGGGGCCUUGUGCAGGCG